ACAUCAGAUUGCACUUCCCAUACUUACCAGUAAUACAGAUUGGCCCACGCAGCAGAAAAAUUUUUGUGCCAAUGGAGCUUCUUACCGUUGCCGCUAAACCGCAGAAAGUGAAGAGAGAGCUGGAUGAGUCACAGAAAGCCAAAUUGAUUCGGGGUGCAGCAAUGGAGCCAAAAUUGCGAAAAGAGCGCAUUGAGUUGAUAUUGAAUGAUCAGGACCUGGACAAC